AUGCCCUGGCGAACCGAGCACAAGCUGCCCACCUCGGCGCCCGAGACCGCGCCGCCGGCCCGGCCGCCGUUCCCGCCCGUCAGCGACGCCCUGCCGCCGCUCGUCCUCGGCACCGCGACCUUCAACACGCAGUACGUCAGCCACAUCUCGGCGCUGCCCUACACCUCGAUCGUCGCCCGCGCGCUGCAGCUCGGCAUCCGCGCCUUCGACACGAGCCCCUACUACGGGCCCUCGGAGCAGCUGCUCGGCUACGCCCUCUACGUCGCCCUCGCGUCCCUCGUCCCGCCCUCGGGCGCCGCCGCCGCCACCAGCGCCCUGCCCGCGCAGCCCGCCCUGACGCGGGAGGACCUGUUCCUCGUCACCAAGGUCGGCCGUGUCGCCUCCUCCACGUUCGACUACUCCCCCGCCGCCGUGCGCGCCUCGGUCCGCCGCUCCCUCGCCCGCCUCGGCACCUCGUACGUCGACCUCGUCUACGCCCACGACGUCGAGUUCCAGUCGCCCGAGCAGGUCCUCGCCGCCGUCACCACCCUCCGCGAGCUCCGCGACAAUCACGGUAUAGUGCGCUACGUCGGCAUCUCGGGCUUCCCGCUGCCGACGCUCUGCUCCCUCGCCGAGUACGUCCUCGCCAAGACGGGCGAGCCGCUCGACGCCGUCCUCAGCUACGGGCACUGCACGGUCCAGAACGCGACCCUGACCUCGGACGCCGUGCUCGCGCGGCUCAGGACCGACGCGCGUGUGGGCACCGUCCUCAACGCGAGCAUGCUCAACAUGGGCCUCCUGACCACGCGGGGCGUCGACGCCGGGCCCCAGGCGGCCUGGCACCCGAGCCCUGCCGGCCUGCGCGACGCCUGCGCCCGCGCGGCCAAGGUCUGCGCCGCCGAGUCGGGCGAGCACUUCGAGGGCGUCGCGAUACGGUGGAGCCUGGACGAGUGGGCGCGCCGGGCGGGCGAGGUCGGCCUGGGCACGCGGGUCCCUUGGUCGCAGGGGCAGGGCAAGACCGGAGGCGCGCCGCAGUCGGUCGGCAGCUCGGUGAUCGGCGUCACGACGGUCCCGGAGCUCGAGGAGACGGUGCGGGAGUGGCAGGGCGUCGUGGACGGGCUGGGAGGAGAGGACGCCGGCGAGGGAGACCAGGAGAAGCCGGUCGCGAGCCUGGCGCGGAGAGAGCAGGUCCGGAAGCUGGUUGCUGACAAGCUGUGGCCCGCUCUGGGCGACGAGUGGAGGGACUACAGCUGGACCAGCCCGCCCGCGGGGUGGGUCAACGUCGAGCUGCAUCCCGACGGCCCCGUGGCGGCGGAGAGGAAGUAG